GGAGGAGCUGCAGCAAACGACAAUGCAUCUCCAUCUGUUGCCAUAGUGAUGUAAUUUGUUUUUAAUGUUCUUUCUUACAAACAAAGAUGGCUGCCUUUUGGUCCUACUUCAUUCCUCUCCUCUUCCUUUGCGUUGCCAUGGAAACCAAACCCUCACCUCAUCAAAGAGACGACAAGAAGGUGUUGGGCACGCUGUUCGGCUCCCACCUUGCUUCGCUCAUCUUGGCUCCGCCCACAUCCGAUGACAUCACAGAAAGCUCAGUGGAACAACCGGUCCUGAGCCGGGGUGACCCCAGCGCGUUGGUCGGCAGGCAGAAGGCCGUCCAUCGUUUCUUCGAGGACUUCCUGCGGCGGCAGGCCAAGACGAGGAGGCGGAGCCGCAAGUCAAUGGUGGGAGGAAGAGGAUGCUUCGGGAUGAAGAUGGAUCGCAUCGGCUCCAUCAGCGGGCUGGGAUGUUAG